AUGGAGUCGCAGGGGAAGAACAACGGAUCGCCCCUGAUCACGCGUCGAGUCGAGGCCAGCACUUUAUUCCUCGCCACGACCCCGCCGACCGAGCCGAGCGGCGGCGGCGAGCCCGAGCUCGCUGUGCGGCUGAGGUGCCACGUGACCAAGUACAUCCGCGCCGGGCGCGGGCGCGGGCAGAGACAGGUGUACGUCUACCGCGGGUCCGGCGCCGAGGCGAGCCUCGUCGCCGCCGUGCCCAGGGACGUCCUGGUCGACGAGGACAGCGUCCGCGACGUGAUGCGGCUGCUGCUGAGGGCGAUCUGGCCUCUACGGGACCUCGACCUCACCGACGACGAGUGGGAGGCCAUCCUGCCCGAGGACGUCGUGCCGCAGCUCGCCGACCUGGCGCGGGGCCUCGACGAGGGCAGCCGCUCUGCCGCCGUUGUGGAGCUGGCGGUGGACCGCCAUAUCAGGUACAGCGCGCCCCGGGUGCUUAUGACGGCAUGCAGGGGGGCGCCGCCGGCGACGGAGGGGAAGGACGACGGGUGCAGCAUCUGCUUGGAGGUGUUGCACGAGGAGGCUGCGGCGGCGGGGAAGGGCGUGCCCGUGGAGCUGCCGGGGUGCGCGCACGCCUUCCACCGCCGGUGCAUCUCCAAGUGGUUCCGUAAGAAGCCGACGUGCCCGCUGUGCCGGGGGAACGUGACCAAGCACCUGGACCCGGAGCUGCAGAAGGAUAUCCUCGAGUUCAGCCAUGAUGAUGAUCCAGAUCGACCCACUGUGCUCCAAUUUUCACGACUCUUUUAG